GUCAAUACCAAAGUAAAUAAAAAAUAAAAACCACCGAAACCUUAAAGCUAAACCUCUCUCUCAAUUUCUCUCCUUCUCUCAAUUCUGUAAUUACGGGGAGGACAAGUGAUUGAUGAUCCCUCUCCUCUAAACGCCGUAACGGACUCUCCCUUAGAACUCCGUUACUUCCCCACCCUCGUAAAGUCACGUGCCUUUAAAAAAACCAAAAGAUAAAAAAAAUCCUCUUUCAUCAUUUUCCUUUAAUUAUGGCUUUAGAGCAGCAAUUAAGCUUAACCCCAACUCAAAAUCCAGUUGACGGCGAAAGAACUAACGGCGUUGACACCAACAUCCGAGACGGCGGGGAUGACGGAAACAAAGCACCGAGACUCCCUCGGUGGACGCGGCAAGAAAUUCUAGUACUCAUACAGGGCAAGAGAGUGGCAGAAAACAGAGUCCGGAGAGGUCGCGCAUCGGGUAUGGGCAUCGGGUCGGGUCAAAUCGAACCGAAAUGGGCCUCAGUAUCUUCUUACUGUAAAAGACAUGGAGUGAACCGAGGACCGGUUCAGUGUCGGAAAAGAUGGAGUAAUUUAGCAGGUGAUUUUAAGAAGAUAAAAGAAUGGGAGACUUCAAUAAGAGAAGAAACGGAGUCCUUUUGGGUUAUGAGGAAUGAUUUGAGAAGAGAAAGGAAGUUGCCUGGGUUUUUUGAUAGGGAGGUAUAUGAUAUUCUCGAUGGUGGCGGCGGUACGGUCCCGGGAUUGGCGCUUGCUUUGGCACCGUCUUCGACAGCAGCAGAGGCGGAGACAGUAGCGGAGGAGGUGGUUUUUGAUAGUGGGCGGAGUGCAGCGGCGGAGGAUGGUUUGUUUUCGGAUUUUGAGCAGGAGGAGGGAGGAGGGAGUCCGGAGGCUGUAGUUAAGGAGGUGCAACCGAUAAAGAUGGCGGUGACGGCAGGGGUUGCUAAUCCGACACCGAUUUCAGAGAAGCAGUACCAGCCAGCUCCACGAGCAAGUCAAGCUCAAGUUCCACCAAAUGAUAAAAGGCCCGCCACAAAUCCUGAGAUGGGGUCUGCUUCGCAUGAGGAACGGAAACGGAAACGGUUUGUGAUAGAUGGUGAUGAGGAAACCAUCAGUUUGCAGAGUCAUUUGAUUGAUGUCUUGGAAAGGAAUGGCAAAAUGCUGACUGCUCAGCUUGAAGCUCAGAACACAAAUUUUCAGCUGGACCGGGAGCAGAGGAAGGAUCAUGCAGAUGGCUUGGUUGCUGUUCUCAAUAAGCUCGCGAAUGCGCUUGGGAAAAUAGCGGAUAAGUUGUAGCUAAAUCCAGAUAGGAGAUUGUGCACAUAACAAAGCUCUUUUUUAGUUUCAUAGAUUUAGCUGGGGGUGGAGUAUUGGUAAAUUGAUCUUGAUGGUUUAUCUUAGGACCACAUUUCACAUCGUGUAUUUUAUUCUUAUUACUCUUCCUUGUAUUUUGCCACCUCGUGGCGUAGUGCCAUUAUAGGCCAUACAUAGGGUCCUCGAGUAGAUAAUAAAUUCAGAGAUAAGCGUAUACACCACCACAUUCUGCUUCUUUAUUGUUCUCUCCUGGAUGUUUCGGGUAUUUGUACAGUUUAUUCGUUAUAUUAAGCUACAGAGGUCAUUCCUUGCA